UGAGGCUGAGAUUGGAAGAGAAAGAAAACACCAGAAAGAACUCAACCUUUCUUAGAAAGAGUCCUAGACUCGAAACAUCGGUAUCACGCACAGAUGAGAAAAAAGACUCCAAAAGGCCACCUUGCAAAAGCGAAGGGAGAGGAAAGUGACAUCUCCCCUCAGACACCAGAUUUCCUCAUCCACGAAAUGGAGGCUCCAGUAUUACUGAAAAAGAUCCAGGCUGAGAUGUUCCCUGAACACUCUGGAAAUGUAAAAUUAAGCUGCCAGUUUGCAGAGAUUCAUGAAGAUUCUACUAUCUGGUGGAUGAAAGAUUCAAAGUCGAUAGCCCAAGUGCAGAGAAGAGCAGGAGACAGCUCCACUGUGUCCUUGGCCAUCCUUCAAGCCAGUCAGAAGGACCAGGGCCUCUAUUCUUGCUGCAUCAAGAACAGUUACGGGAAAGUGACUACGGAAUUUAACCUCACCACAGAAGUUCUCAAACAACUUUCAAGUCACCCAGAUGUUAAAGUAUAUGAAGAGAUUGAAUUCAGCCAACUCAUCUUCAGAGGAGACUUCCUCAGUGACAGCUACUUCGGGGGCCGUCUGCGUGGUCAGAUUGCCACGGAGGAGUUGCACUUUGGGGAAGGGGUCCACCGGAAAGCCUUCCGCAGCAAAGUGAUGCAGGGCCUCACACCAGUCUUCAAGCCCGGCCACGCCUGUGUGCUCAAGGUGCACAAUGCCGUUGCCUAUGGGACCAGAAACAAUGAUGAGCUCAUCCAGAGGAACUACAAGCUCGCCGCCCAGGAAUGCUACGUUCAAAAUACCGCCAGAUACUAUGCCAAGAUCUAUGCCGCUGAAGCACAGCCUCUGGAAGGCUUUGGAGAAGUGCCAGAGAUCAUUCCUAUUUUUCUUAUCCAUCGACCUGAGAACAAUAUCCCAUACGCCACAGUGGAGGAAGAGCUGAUUGGAGAAUUUGUGAAGUAUUCCAUCAGGGAUGGGAAGGAGAUAAACUUCUUGAGAAGAGAAUCGGAGGCUGGUCAGAAAUGUUGCACCUUCCAGCACUGGGUCUACCAGAAAACAAGUGGCUGCCUCCUGGUCACGGACAUGCAGGGUGUAGGAAUGAAGUUGACUGACGUUGGCAUAGCAACAUUGGCUAAAGGGUACAAAGGAUUUAAAGGCAACCAUUCCAUGACCUUCAUUGAUCAGUUUAAAGCGCUACACCAGUGUAACAAGUAUUGUAAAAUGCUGGGGCUGAAGUUGCUUCAAAACAACAGCCAGAGACAGAAGAAGCCAAGCAUCGGGAAAAGCAAAAUUCAGCCAAACUACACAACCGUGAAGAAGACGGCAUCUGGGACCCCAGCAGAAAAGAAAACCUAACAUCUCCUGUUAACUAACGGUCACCGGCUGGCAGCACACAGCCCUGUGGGUAGAAAUUUGAAAACACCCUGGAGGGAACACAUAGCCUGCAGAGAGCAGCGUGACAAUCCUUAUUCCCAGCUGCCUGUACUCCGAGCUGCUUCCAAAGCCAUCACCUGCUGUCUUCACUGGGAUGAUUUCGGAGCAGGAUUUGUGAGCAGGCUUAUGGAGAGACUGAAUCCAUUGUCAGUCUCAAAGAAGUCCAUCUUUGUCUAUACCGUUAGCCUUUGUACCAACCUCACAUUAUGUGUCUGUUUGUGUAUUUGCACGUGGCUGUCUCGUUACGGACUUGGUCCUGAGCAGGGUCUGUCCACAGCCCUAAUCCUCCCCACCCCCACUCCUAACCUCAGAAUUCCUGGACACAUCCAGCUGCUAUAUCAACAGAAAACGUGAAUUCCGUCAUUGGGUCUAUCUGUCGCACUAGAGUCGAUUAUGCUUUUGUAGCUGGAGGGGGGCUUCUGAAACGUCAGGCCACUUCCCAUCAUUAC